AACUGGGAAUACCGUGAGACAGCUCAGUGGUUAGAGCACGAAUUUGCUGACCGAAACGCUCCUGGUUGGAACCCGACCUCUGCAUCUCGACUACUAUCUAGACUCGAGCAAGCUGGCAGUAUCCCAGCCCUCGUGCUUCCUUCGGAUGGCAUGCCAGCGGGCACCGAAAGGCGGAGUAUGUUGGGCGCACAAAACGGCAACUUUCUAAGAGAAUACACGGACACCUCCUACCGGAAUACCACUAACCUCAACAGUUCAGCCAGAAGCUCAACGGAAAAUCCGGAAAAACUGAACAAAUGUUUUAUCCUUGGAGAUCUCCAGUGGAGUGCACCUCUAGUUCCCAAAUUUAUUGCUUUGGAAGAAGCGACGGCAUGGCGUAUCCGCCUCGGGGCCAGAUGGCCCAAGUGGUUAGUGCGCGGAUUUACUGACUGCAAGGAGAAUAAAAGGGAUCCUACCCAGACAGAAGGACGACUGCGGUCCGUGGUUCGAAUCCGAUCUCUGUCUCUUGAUUUCCCCUCUCUAUGCUUAGCCAACCUGACAGUAUCCCAGCUCUUGUGCUUCUUUUGGAUGGCAUGGCAUCUGGGUACCGAAAGGGUGCUACAGCUGAGCACUUAUCCCGAUAUUAUCAGUGUGCAAGCAGUUGGUGUGUUUAGGCCCGGAAUGUCACCGGUCCUCUGUGUAUGCGUCAGGAGUUUCAGCAACAGAAAUUCCAUGAACCGAUGUGUCAAAGACCAAAACAUCCAUGGUCCCAAAUGUCUAGAUAUACUUUGGAAAGUGACUGCAUUGCUGCACCCUAGCCUGUGCAUUGCUGUACUGGGUGGGAUGGACGCCGGCAAAUCCACCCUGAUCGGUGUUUUGACCGACGGCGAACUGGAUAAUGCGAGAGGACGUGCUCGUUUGAACUUAUUUCGGCAUUUGCAUGAAGUUCAAACGGGUAGAACUAGCAGCCUGAGCAGUGAACUGCUAGGCUUUGAUGUCGCUGGAAAUGUAACCAACUACACCCGAACAGAUGGACUAUUGACGCGUUGCUCAGUGGAUGAGUUGGUCCGCAAUUCCUAUCAACUAGUCACGCUGUUGGACUCAGCUGGCCACUCGAAAUAUCAACGCACCACCUUGGCUGGCCUUGCUCGUGCACAGCCGGUCGGUGUCCUUCUCGUGGUUUCUGUCGUCACAGGUCUCACGGCUAUCGGACUCGAACAUGCCCAGCUGGCUUUUACUCUAGGCUUGCCCGUUGCCGUGGUCGUCUCCAAAAUUGAUCAGAUCGUUGGUGUGUCAGAGCGGAAUCGGCAAGUCGCUGCUAUAUGUCGUCAAGUGGCAAUAAAAUUCAAUCAACUUCGAUUGGAUACGAUAUCAUUAUCUGAAGAGAAACGUACAGCUAGCACUCGUCUGAAACCUAUGUUCUUUCCCGUGUCCGCUGUUUCCGGCGAAGGAAUCGACAAACUCAUUCAUUUCCUCGGUCGUCUUAGCCAAUCUACCCUUCCUGAUCCGUCACAAUACGUGUCCAUAUCCAGUGUAGCUCCCAGCGAGCAAGACAAUGAGUGUAAAUCGGAGAAGCCGAUGAAUACCAAGGAACAGUCAGCGGACUCAAACAUUAAGGAAAGCUUGUAUAUUGACUACGUCCACCAGGCGUUGAAGGACGUUUUGAAAACUGGUAGCUCACUGUUCAUGUGUUUCUGGGUCUGCGAAGUAUUUACUAGUGUCCCUGGAGUUCCAGACCCCGUGUUGUUUGGAAUCGUCCGAUCUGGUCAGCUAACCAAUGGCCACAUGGCUUGGUUAGGCCCCGAUCAGGUAAGGACACACGUUCCUUUUGCUUCUAUUGGGGCGAGAUGGCCCAAGUGGUUAGGCGCGAAUUUUCCUGACCGGAGUGUCCGUGGUUCGAACCCAACCUCUGCCUCUCGACUUCCCCUGUCUAGGCUUGGGCAACCUGGCAGUAUCCCAGCCUUCGUGCGACCUUCGGGUAGCAUGGCAAUCAGGCACCGAAAGGGUGUUACAGCUGAAUAA